AUGUGAAAAUCAUCUCAUUCCAGUUCCAAUAAGAUUUCUUCAACUUGGAACUUUAUGUAAGGUUCAUUUCUCUUAGCGAAAUGGAAUAAUCAAUUUAGAAUAAGGAAAUGAAAGUUAGGGUGGGUGAAAGAGAAUUAAUCACUUAUAGUACUGCAAACGCGAUCAGUUAGGAAGUGGACUGUUGGGUUGUCAGUGAUGUUUUGAGUUUUGAUGAGUGAGUGAGAGACGAAAUUUUCUUUUGCAUUUUCAAUGGUGGAAAGAUGAAGAUAAACGAGAAGAAUCUGUGUUUAUUCGCGACAACGCCUCCGUCCGAUCUCGAAGGCUACCUCAACAAGAGGGGCGAAGUAAAUAAGUCUUGGCAGAGAAGAUGGUUUGUCUUGAAAGGCAAUCUGCUGUUCUACUUUGAGAAGAAAGGAGACAAGGAGCCCAUCGGCGUGAUAGUGUUAGAGGGAUGCACGAUAGAAUUGGCGGAGGAUGGCGAAAAUUACUGCUUCCAGAUCGUUUUCCAUGGCAUAAACAACCGGACGUAUUAUCUCUGCGCGGAAAACCAGGAAGUGAUGGAGAAGUGGAUGAAGGCUCUCACCUGUGCCGGUUAUGAGUACAUGAAGCUGAUGGUGGCUGAACUGCAGCGGCAACUUGGAGAGUUGGAUGAGAAGAACACAGAAUCCGAAGCACAAGCGACGUCAGUCACACCCAAGCCUCCGCCUCGCCGGCAGAAUCCCUUCAAUCGCGUAGCCCCUCCUGUGCCAAGUCCCACAACGCAGUCCCGAGCCUGCCACGCUUCCCCAGAGUCUUCCUCGGCGGAAGCAUCCUCUGGAUAUCACCAGAAUAGUACGCAAUCAACAGAAAAUGAUGGAUUCUUUAAAUCCUUCCAUGAGGAACUGGGAAAGACUUUUGUGCAGGAAAAGAAUCGCCGAAAAACUGAAGAGGUCAUUAUCAAGACAGACCCACCUCCACUUAUUGAUCUGUAGAUUAGACAACUUAUGCGCUGAAUCCUGUGUAAAUACGGUAUUUCUGUCUAUUCGAAUGCUUAUUUUUUGCUUCCGUUUUAUGAUAUUCUUUUGUAUGUUCGCCUUCCAACGUAGUUUAGUUCCUAAACUCACAGUACUGAUCGCUAUUUGACCGUUUCUUUGAGUUUAUGUAUGCAUAUUGUUUUGAAGCACCUUUUAAAAAAUAUUUUAUUUCACAUAGAUACUACAUGCAUUUCUUAUCUUUUUUAUUUGAGAAAUAAUAUCUUGACAAGUUAUCCUCAUUGAGUACAGAAGGUUUAUCUCUAAAUAUCUGUAGAUCAGUAUUCCUUAAAACAUAGAGGAAAGUGGGGUAGCUCUCAUAGUGCAAUUUUUCGUGUAAAUUUGAAUACACAAAGUUGUUUAAUAUAAUGAAAAAGAAAGGAAAUCAGCUUUUUCCGUGUCUAAAACUUCUUAUAAAUUGAGCAUUAAUUAUCUUGCAUUGGUUAUUGAGGGUUUGUGAAAUGUGCAAAGACUUUUGAAGUAACAAAGCAAGUCGUUUUAUUGGGAAAAUAUUUUAGUCUCAAUUGGGAAGAAGUUUGCAGGCUGAAACUUGAAUUUCAUGUGAUCGUUGCCUCAUUUUCUCCUAAAAGUAAAAUAGUAGGCUCAUUUAGACUUGGGUUUGCGGUAAACUAUCACCUUCCAAGAAUUCUUUAAAAAGACAUUAAAGAUAUUAUUAUGUUUCUGAAUCUUGAGGAUAACAUUGAUAUAAAAGAAAGAAUUUUUUUGCAACCUCCUAAUUAUGUUUAUCAUUAAUCGUUAUUCAUUUAGCCAAAGGACGACAGCCUCUAGAGUCGCACUUUUAACACACAGCUUUGAGUCUCAAAUGGUUUCUUCUUCCUUUUGUGAAUUCUUCUGGUCUUUUGAAUAAGUGUGUCUCUUUGUAUUUCUUCUUUGUUUCUCUACAAUGAAAAAAAAGUACAACUGUACAUUGUAGCCAUGUUACACUCUUUGCCAACCCCUAGUGCGUCUUCCAGGGUCUGUCGCUUGGCUUUAAGUGUUUAAAUGAAACUGACGUAAACUUUUAAGCUCCUGCGUACAAUGUUAAGGUGUAUCGAAAGACGAAAUGUAACGUACGAUUUUAAUGUGGGAGACAAGAAAGCAAAGUCACGUGUUUCUAUUGUUACACAAAUAAGUUUAUUUAGAAAAUAAAAUUGUAAGGGAAAGAA